AUGUCGGCCGACGCUAAGGUGGCGUCCUCGUCGGCGGCCCAGUCAUCGAAAGGCCCCCCGACGAAUCCCCGCGGUAUUCCCUUUGCGCCGUUCGUAGACAACGUCGAGGACUAUGUUGGUUCGCGAGAGGAGGUGGAACCUACACUGCGGAGUUUCCAGGAGAUGAUAUCUCUGGGCGAGGGCAGAAAAUACCAGUUCAUGGAGAUGAAUCUCCAGAAGAGGGCGGGCGGACUGAAAGAGAAGAUACCUGAGAUAAAAAAGACUCUUGAGACGGUACGAUUCCUCAAGCUAAGGAAGGACGACGAGGAACCUUUAGAGACAACAUUCGAGCUCAACGAUACGCUAUACGCCAAGGCGCAGAUACCGGCCACCGAGGAGGUUUACAUUUGGCUGGGGGCCAACGUUAUGCUGUCUUAUCCCAUCGACGAGGCGGAGGAGUUGCUCGAGGGCAAGCUUUCGACGGCGACGCAGACUUUAUCGAAUUGCGAGGAGGACCUGGACUUUUUGAGGGAGCAGAUUACGACAAUGGAGGUGGCGCUGGCGCGGGUAUACAACUGGGACGUCGUGCAGAAACGUAAGGAGAAGGCGGACGAGGAGAAGACCAAGGGCAAAGGCAAAGGGAAGGAAGCGGCGUAG